AUGUAAAGGAUACUUUAAAACAAUUUAUAGAAGCAAUCUAGAUUUUUAUUUUAAAACAAAGUAGCUUUUUAUUUUUCAAGCAACUAACUCCACUCUAAAGUUGGUCCUGCUAAAGAAUUAUAAAAUAGAGAGCUUUUAUUUUAGUGUACAAAUGAUAUUCUUACAAAGGAUACUUUCUACUAACAUUUAAUCUAACAAUAUAAUGCAUAAGGUGAUAAAUAAGUAAAUAAUUAAAAAUAAUUCAGCGCAUAUGCAGGAUUUGAUCCAACUGCUGAUUCCCUCCACAUGGGAAAUUUGAUUUCUAUUCUUACAAUGAUCCGCCUUAGUUUAUUAGGAAUAAAGCCAAUUCUUCUUGUAGGAGGAGCAACUGGUUUAAUUGGAGAUCCUUCUGGAAAAACAUAAGAGAGAAAUAUGCUUACAAAAGAAGAAGUUUUAAGUAAUGUAUAGGGCAUAGAAAAUACCUUAAGAAAAUGCACUAGCAACAUAUACAGUUUUCUUGAAAAAAAUAAACAAAAAUUAGAAAUAGAUUAUAUCCCUGCAAAAGAAGACUUAUAGAUAAUAAAUAACUACGAUUUCUAUAAAGAUAUGAACAUACUUGAUUUUAUUAGAGAUAUUGGAAAGCACUUUAGAAUGGGAAAUCUUUUGAAUAAGGAGACUAUAGCUAAUAGACUUAACACUGAAGAUGGACUUUCAUACACAGAAUUCACUUACACACUACUUUAAGGCUACGACUUUGAAAAAUUGUUUUUAGAUAAGAACUGUAUAAUUUAAGUUGGUGGUAGUGAUUAGUGGGGUAAUAUAACUAGUGGAAUCGAAUUGAUUAGAAGAAAGCAUAGAGCUGAAGUUUAUGGUAUUACUACAAAUUUAGUUUUAACUGCUUAAGGAAAGAAGUUUGGAAAAAGUGAAGGGAAUGCUCUCUGGUUAGAUCCUGCUAAAACUAAAUCUUAUGAUAUAUUUUAAUAUUUGAUAAAUGUACCAGAUUAGCUAUCUAUAAAUUAUUUGAAAAUGUUUAGUUUCUUACCUUUACACUAAAUAGAAGAGAUUGAGAAAAAGCAUAUGGAAGAUGCAGGAAAGAGAUUAGCCUAGAAUACAUUAGCAGAAUAGAUUAUCGGAAUGGUAUAAGGAGAUAGUUAAUCAGCAGAAUAAGGGGCAUAAACAACUGCUUAAAAAUUUUUCACAACAGAUUUUUCUAAAUUUAAUGAGAAAUCUGAGUCAGAGAUAAUAGAAUUCUUUAGCUCAUUUAAUGAAAAACAUACUGUUGAAAGAAAGGAUCUUUAAAAAUACAAAAAUUAUAUUGAUAUGAUAGGAGAUUUAAAGCUUUUAAAAAAUAAAGCUGAAAUUAAAAGAAAUAUUGAAAAUGGAGGUGCUUAUAUUAAUAAUAAGAGAAUAAGCUUAGUAGAUUCUGAUAACUUGCAAACCUUAUUAUCUGAAAAUCUGCUUGCUAACAGAUUUUUAGUUGCUAGGUUUGGAAAGAAAAAUUACUACUUAAUUGAAGUAAAAUGA